GUCACACUGAAAUUUCAUUCAAUUUGUUUAUUAAUCUCUCUCAAAGGAAGCGUUCAAUUAUAGCAACGAAAUGUCUGGUCUAGAGUCUUACAUCAAUCACACAGUCUCUAUCAUAACCGCAGAUGGACGCAAUUUUAUUGGAACCCUCAAGGGAUUCGACCAGACCAUUAAUAUCAUCAUUGACGAGUGCCAUGAACGCGUCUUUUCCACAACGGCGGGAACUGAGCAAAUUGUCCUUGGACUGCACAUAAUCCGCGGCGACAACAUUGCUGUAAUUGGACUGAUUGAUGAGGCCAUAGACGCUCGCCUGGAUCUGCCCAACAUACGGGGCGAGCCCCUUGGACCCGUAGUCCAUUGAUAUAGCCCAAAUAAACAACUAGAAAUACAAUAAUA